AUGAAUGCGGUAGAACGCAUUCUCUCGCGGCCCACGGCCAAACCGUACCGGUCCGGAAAACUCGAUCCCGCUAUCGAGCCGUACCUCAACGAACAGGGCCAUGUCGAUUUUGCCCCCGGCGAUGUCGAGAACCCCAAAGAAUGGUCGGUCGCCCGUCGAUGGUACUGUACCGUGGUAUCAAUCACGCUCGUGAUCAACGCCACAUUUGCAUCGUCCAGUCCAUCGGGGUCGGUGGUGGGCAUUGCCAAACAUUUUCAUGUUUCCGUCGAGGCGGCCGGUCUGGUCACCACCUUGUUCUUGCUGGGCUAUGUGGCCGGCCCACUGCUGUUUGCACCGCUGUCUGAAUUUUAUGGCCGCCGAUACAUCUUCUACCUCUCCUUCUCCGGCUACGUGGCCUUCAACUUCCUGUGCGCCUUUGCGCCCAAUUUCGCGUCCCUGCUGAUCGGGCGCCUGUUGAGCGGCACUUGUGCCAGUGCGCCCAUGACCAACUCCCCAGGAGUGCUGGCCGAUAUUUGGGGUCCGAUCGAGCGAGGCAAUGCCAUGGCCGUGUUCAGCGCCAUGACCUUCAUCGGCCCGACCUUGGGUCCCAUGUGCUCGGGCUUUCUGGAGCUCACGGAAAAUUGGAGAUGGAACUUCUACGUCCUCCUUUGGUUCGGCGGCGCGACCGGGCUGCUCAUGUUCACUCUUCCCGAGACCUUCCCCCCGAGGGUGCUGACGAACAAGGCGCGAAGGAUCAGGGCGACCGGCGUGCCGGAAUACCAACACCUGAUGUCUCCCGCCGAGGCUCAGGGCCGGAAUCUGUACGACAUGUUCAUGGUCGCUCUGGUCCGACCCUGGCAGAUUCUGUUCGACACCAUUUCACUGCUGGUGGCCAUUUACAUCUCGGUCGUCUACAUGCUGCUCUACAUGCUCUUCACCAUCUACCCCAUCGUCUUCCAGCAGAAAAGAGGAUGGAAUUCGGGCGUGGGCCAGUUGCCGUUGAUCGGCACCGCAAUUGGGGCCUGCCUCGGCAGCGGCAUCGUCUUCUGGACCUCGUCGUUCGAGAAAAAGAAGAUGCUGGCCGGCGUCCCUCGCCAACCGGAAGAUCGCUUGUUUCUGGCCAAGGGCGCCGGGGUCCUUUUCGCCGUGAGCAUGUUUUGGUUCGCUUGGACGGCCGAGUAUAACAGCAUCCACUGGUUCGUCCCCGUGCUGGCCGGCACGUUUCUGUCCACGUCGAUCAUCCUCAUCUUCGUCGCCUACCUCAACUACCUCACCGACACGUACCUAAUGUACACCGCCAGUGCCAUGGCGGCAAAUACCAUCUGUCGAUCCGCCUGUGGUGCCACCACGCCUCUGUUCACGCAGUACAUGUUUGACGCGUUAGGAGUCGGUGGUGGAGGGUCCCUGAUCGGAGGUGUUGCUGUGCUCCUCAUGCCCAUUCCGUUCAUCUUCUCCAAGUACGGUGAGGCCAUCCGACAACGAAGCAGAUUUGCUCCGACCGCACCGGUGAUUCCCAGCGAUGAAGAAAAGCAAGCAUCUGGCCAUCACGGCGUCAUCACAGUUCAAACCGAAUCAAGUCCGGCUUCCUCGGCCCCGAGUCUGCGCGAAGUGAGGAUUCAGGAACCUGGCCCAGAUAGAGCCGGUGCCGCGGAAACAGGUGUACCACAAUCACCAGACAUGAACCAAAAUGAAUAG